GAGCAUCCUCCUACCUAAGUGGCCCACAGCAGCCCAUGGUGACGGCAGCAAGAGGCACCAGACUUCCAGAAAUCUGCAGCAUAAGAGCAAGGUGAUACAACACUUUCUUAGGGGAAAAACCCUCACAUUUCAGCAAAAGCAGGUUCUGAGCUGGUAACAUUAAGCCACGGUGCUUAAACUCACACAGUACUGUUGACAGAAGCACUCUGGGGCAGGGCAGCUGGUUGGCUGCUCUGUAGCGCUGCGCUGCAUGGCACUAUGUCAUAUCGUAACUGGUGCUGACCACACCUAGCGCAUUAGACCUCGUGUGGGCUGCAAACACAACGUCAUUACUCCUGCUUCCCGACCCAGCGGACCAGAAGGGGCUCAAACUACUGAACAAACUGCUUUGAAGCCAGAAAUUCAAGAGGCAGCUACAGAACAAAACUAGAGGAACAGGAACUUGAGGAAGUUGAGCCCAUCAGCUACCUAGCAAAGCCACCUCACCAGUGCUGCACUCUUCUUGCUCAGAAAAGCACACCCAUCCCUUUGCUUACAGACCGGGAGGAGCAGGGCAGCAAACAGCCCCAGAGACCUUACCUGCUGCAGUGCCGUGGAGAAGAACCAUGCCAGACUCCUUUGCCAUCCACUUCCUCAAGGUGUUGAAAGAGCUGCUGGCCUUCGUGCUGUUCAGUUACACUGUGCUGGUCGGGGCAUUGCUGCUCGCUGGCUGGACGACAUACUUCCUGGUGCUUAAAUGAGAGCUACUCUUCUGCACCUGCAACCACAGGCUAGCCACAGGCAUCAGGCUCCAGGCACAGCUCAUCUGCUCAGCACAGAAAGUGGCAGUCCCUUCUUCUGCCCCAAAUCUGCAAACAGUUUGUUUUGUUGCUGCCUAAUCACAAUCUUAUUUUCUUAUGUAAAAAGAAUAAAGAUUUAAAGACGUA